AUGCAGUAUAAAGCAAAGGGCAUUGAUAGCCUCAUGAUGCAAUCAAACACUUCAUCAGAGGAUAUUUCACAGCUUAAACUGCCAGUUUUUCCGAUAAAUGAAUAUGGUCUAAGACUCACUCCAACUCCAACUCCUGAUCCCGAUUCUGCUUGUCCCACUUGGAUGAAAUUUAUGGAUGAACCGUUAGAGGGAAAAUCUUGUGGUGAAUAUGAUUUUCUAGGAAAAGUAUCACCUUCCAAUAGUUAUAUGAAUCAGGUAUCUCAUUUGAAAAGAGCUGAGAUUAAGUUUAAUAAGGAGAUAGGGAGACCCAGGAGGAAACCACCACUGCCGUCACUGCCGACUCCGCCGCAAAUAUCACCAAUAUCAUUAUUAUCAUCAUUACCACAGCAGCAGCAGCAGCAACAACAACAACAACAACAACAACAAAAUCAACGCUUGAAGUCGUGGCAACGUCCUAGACCCAGACAGUUGGCUCAAUUUGAUUUAAAUUUGAAAAUGCCGCCUCCCAGAGAAAGAACAAAGAGACAGUUGGCCACAAACACUGCAACACUCCAUGCAAAAAGAGUCAAUUCUCCACUAGCCGCUCAAUUCUUUGACGACAAGAUUAACAUAAAUAACAGCAGCAGCAACAGCAGCAACAACAACAACAACAGCAGCAACAACAACAACAACAACAGCAACAGCAACAGCAACAGCAACAACAACAACAAUAGCAGCAACGAAAUUAAUAGUAGUGUCCGCAACGUUGUAAAUAUAAAAGAUGACGAAGGAGUAAAGUUCAAUUACCAGCGACAUAUUGUUGAGUUUUUGAGUUAUGUUGUCCAGAGUAUAAAGGAUCUAGAGAAGUAUAUCGUUGAGCGAAAAGGCUUUCAUUCUGCUGAGAGAUCAACUGGCUAUGACUCAAUGUUUCAUAACUUGUUUAGGAUAAAGGAAGGGUAUAAGCAUAUGGUUUUAUACAUUUUAACAGAAUUGAACAAACGCUCUGGAGUUAUACCCAGAGGCAACGAUUCAUACAUAAGCGACGAGGAAUUGAUCAACUGUAAUGUUUUCCAAUUUGUUUACAAUUGUACCAUUGAGGAAAUAAGCUUGGGCCACUUAUUCCUCUCGUCAUUCUUGUUUAAUGAUUUCAAAUUUAAUUUAAUGAGCUACUAUCACAAAUUUGAGUUUGUUAUUAAACGGUUGGCGGAAGAUUACGAUUUCAAAAGUUUGUCUAUCCCGUUGAUGGUUUGGUAUAAAUUCCCAUAUUUUAUAAAGCUUCUUCGAGAUGACUUGCAAGGGGUCAAUAAACGGUUUUCGCAGGAUUUAGAGUUGUGCUUGGUUAGAAUGAGUGCUAUAACACUGAAAUUUUCCAUUAUUGAUGAGUUGAGGAGGAAGAAUGGGAAUGAAAUCAAGGACUGGGAUGAUAUAGCCAAGGUGGAGGAUUUGUUAAAGACAAGAUUUCCGGAGUAUAGCGAUGGUCCAGGCAAUAAUGCAAAACCCAAGAAAUUGUGUAUGAGCCAGCGCGUUGUAGCUGACUAUAUCAAUCAACCUUUAAGUUCCUCUGUCGAUACUAAAAUUGUUGGCACAAAACAUCUGGGAAAUGUUGGUAAUCGCAACAACAACAACAACAACAACAACAACAACAACAACAACAACAACAACAACAGCAGCAGUAAUAAUAAAGAUGCUGCAGAGUCAAGGAAGGAUUCGGAUUCUAAAGUAUAUACUGGAAGCAAGUCACUUGUAUCUUCUGGUGCUGCAUUGAUCAAGCAUUCUCUACACAUGUUUGCAAAAAGUCACCAUCAUCCAAGCAGUAGAGAUAGAGCUUCUCAAGUACAGAAAAACACAACCCAUUCGAAGAAUGGGAACAUUUCUGUUGAAACUACGUUAAUGGAGGAGGAAGAAGAAGAAGAUGAUGAGGAAAAAGAAGAAGAAGAAGUAGAAGAAGAAGAAGAGAAGAAGGAACAGGAAGAAGGAGAAAAAGACAAUGGGGUAGUAAGAGAGGAUAAAGAUAAACGAGGACAACACAAUAUUGGUAUUGAUGAGCUGCGUUCAAAACAUGUAUCGAGUUCGUCUUCGAGGUAUAGUGAGUCUAUCCAUCCCCGGGUCAAAACAUCAAAAAGGAGAACCUUGUCUGUUGCAUUGAAAAAUAGGCCGCUUCCUAGUACACCAAUUGAUGUUUUGGCGGGUGAAGAAGAGAAGGUGUUGUCUACACUGCACAAGCAUGCACAUUCAUUGCAUUCUGCGCAUACAAACCAUUCGAGGCGUUCUCGGCACGUGAAGCAUAAGAAGGAUAUCGAGGCUUCCUUGGCACAAAUAAAGCACCAGAUGGAUUACCUUGCCAAGUUGAGAGCCCGUCUUGCACAACUUGGUCCGCAAUUGAUCAAGUUUUUGGAAAUGCAAUUGGAGUAUAGCAAAUUGUGGCAAACUUUUCUAGAAGAUGAUCUAGGAGCGGAAGGAGAACGGUAUGGCAAUGGUAGUGGUAGUGGUAGUGGGAGUCGAAGUAGUGACGCACAUCCAGAUCCAUAUAUUCGUUCCAUGUAUCAGGCUUUUAGUGAGAAGAUAAUGUCGCAGAUUGAAUAUACAAGAACCUCUGUGGCAAUGCAUAUACAAGAGAAGUUGAUUUUCCCCAUUGACGAGUGUCUUAGGCUAUGUCGACGUGGUCGUGGUGAUGUUGAGCACUUGAAUAAAUUUAUGGAGUUGAUUGUUCGACAGUUGAAUAAGCUCUAUUGCGAGUGGCUUGAAGAGAUUAUAGGUCACAAGUCUAUUUUAGAGUAUCAGCAAUUGAGUGACAAGAUGCGCGAGGUGUUGAAGGAGCAAGAGAAGGAGAUAGAGAAACGAGCAAAAAGGAAAGUUGUGAUGGUUGGUGAUGAUAUUAUUGAGUAUUAUAACCAGUUGACGAGAUUAAAGAGUUUGUUACUGUGA